AUGGAAGCAAACAGUAAAAAAUAUCCAUCAUUAAAUACAAGUGGUGAGGUAGAUCAUGUUGAACGAACUGCAUCCGCGAGUAUCAACAUUGGGUCCGAUGCAUAUUUCAACAACGAAACAAUCUUGAAUCAAUUUGAAAGAUUGUUUCAAAUGCUCCAAUUCAAACAGUAUUAUAAAAAACAUCCAAUUGAUAUUAUUGUGGAUAAUGCAAGAACUCAUACGGCCAAGGCUUGUUCACUGCAAGACUUUAGAAAAUCGGUGGGAGACCAUUUUACUGUUGACUGCAUCGAGUAUCUUGAUGAAGAUGUUGAAAUAUGCAAAGAUUUAGGUAUACAACUACCACCUAAAAUUAAAUUAGAAGAAAUUCGAGAACUAUUAUCAGGACAUCCAGCAUUUCAGAACGCCACAAAACUCGAAACUCUUGCACUCAAAUACAAAGUUAAUGUUAUAUUUCGUCCAAAAUAUCAUUCUGAACUCAAUGCAAUUGAAGGCCUUUGGUGUAGUCAGAAAGCAUUUGUUCGUUCACGUACCGACCAAACCUUCGAAAAAAUGACAAAAUUAAUAUCUGAAUCUCGUGCAUAUUUUGUCGAAAGGAGUAUUGCACUAAAACUAUUUCGUCGUUCUUGGCAUGCAGUUGAAGCAUAUUCUCAAGGUCAAUCAUAUGAUUAG